AUGACUACCGUUCGAAUUACAGCCGGACCGUACCAGUUUCGCGCGACGUUUGAAUCAUCGGCUCCUAAAACGGUAGCGCUGUUCCGCUCUCUCCUCCCAUACCGCCAAAAGCUCAUUCAUGUUCGCUGGAGCGGGGAAGGAAUGUGGAUUCCAUUGGGAGAAACCGAUUUCGGACUUUCCUUUGAGAAUCAUACGGCUCACCCUGCUGCGGGUCAGAUUUUGUUGUACCCAGGUGGUAUCUCCGAAACGGAGAUUCUGUUCUGCUACGGCGGGGUCUCAUUUGCAAGCAAUAUGGGACCGUUGGCAGCAAACCAUUUUCUGACUAUCACUGAAGGGGAUGAUAAGCUAAGGGCGCUGGGCGAGCUGGUACUUUGGGAGGGGGCUCAGAAUAUCUUGUUCGAGUUGGAUGAUCCUGAUAGGUAA